AGAGUCUUGCUCUGUCACCCAGGCUGGAGUGCAGUGGUGCAAUCUUGGCUCACUGCAACCUCUGCCUCCCAGAUUCAAGUGAUCCUCCUGCCUCAGCCUCCCGAGUAGCUGAGACUAUAGGCGCACACCACCACACCUGGCUAAUUUUUUGUAUUUUUAUAGAAACAGGGUUUCACCAUGUUGGCCAGACUGGUCUCGAACUCCCAACCUCAAGUGAUCUACCCACCUUGGCCUCCCAAAGUGCUGGGAUUAUAGGUGUAAGCCACCAUGCCCAGCCACCUACCCUUCUCUCUCUCUAUUGCCAGGAAGUCAGUGAUUCUGCUUUCCAUCAGUAUAGAUUAGUUUGCAUUAUCGAGAGUUUUAUACAAGUGAAAUCAUACAGUAUGAACUCCCUUUGGUCUGGCUACUUGGCAUAAUUUUUUGGAGACUUGCCCAUGUUGCUAUAUGAUCGGUCAUUCAUUCCCCAUUCCAUUGGAUGGAUAUUUCACAGUUAACUUAUCCAUUUACUACUUGAUGGACAUUUAGGCUGUUAGCAGUUUUUGGCUACUACAGAGUAAAGCUGUAAUGAACAUUCACAUACUGGUCUUUAUGGGGACAUAUACUUACAAUUUUCUCGGGUGAAUACUUAGGAGUGGGAUGACUGGAUCACAUGGUGAGUGCAUGUAUAACUUCUUAAGAAACUGCCAGUUUUCCAAAGUGGUUUUACCACACAUUAUGCAUUGGAAACGACUGUACUUUCAGAAAAGCAGGGUGGGGUCACGAUGUUAUUAUGGAAAGGAAGCCAACAGGUUGGGACCGGAUUUAUGAAAGAGACUAUUUUUUUCGAGAACCUUGGGGUGUGAUGCUGGACAGGUUUCCUUGAAAUGUACUUGCCAAGGGUAUAAAAGGAAAUGCCCCAGCUCAGGCACAGACUCCGUCCUCGAAGGCAGUCAAGCUGUUGUUUCUUUGGUUAUGUAGGGGUGGGCUUUAAAGAAAUUCAAAACACAUGAAAAUGACAACUCGAGAUUUAUUUCAGUCAGUUCCGAGGCCCUGUGCAUUAGGGAACUAGAACUCAUUUUCUUUAGUACACAAACCUAGGACUUCCUUUUCCUGCUGAAGUCAGGGUAAAGAGGAGAAAGGAACGGGCUUGCAUCUGACUGACCCACCAUGACACCCACAGACUUCACAAGCCCUAUUCCUAACAUGGCUGAUGACUAUGGCUCUGAAUCCACAUCUUCCAUGGAAGACUACGUUAACUUCAACUUCACUGACUUCUACUGUGAGAAAAACAAUGUCAGGCAGUUUGCGAGCCAUUUUCUCCCACCCUUGUACUGGCUCGUGUUCAUCGUGGGUGCCUUGGGCAACAGUCUGGUCAUCCUUGUCUACUGGUACUGCACAAGAGUGAAGACCAUGACCGACAUGUUCCUUUUGAAUUUGGCAAUUGCUGACCUCCUCUUUCUUGUCACUCUUCCCUUCUGGGCCAUUGCCGCUGCUGACCAGUGGAAGUUCCAGACCUUCAUGUGCAAAGUGGUCAACAGCAUGUACAAGAUGAACUUCUACAGCUGUGUGUUGCUGAUCAUGUGCAUCAGCGUGGACAGGUACAUCGCCAUUGCCCAGGCCAUGAGAGCACAUACUUGGAGGGAGAAAAGGCUUCUGUACAGCAAAAUGGUUUGCUUUACCAUCUGGGUAUUGGCAGCUGCGCUCUGCAUCCCAGAAAUCUUAUACAGCCAAAUCAAGGAGGAAUCCGGCAUUGCUAUCUGCACCAUGGUUUACCCUAGCGAUGAGAGCACCAAACUGAAGUCAGCUGUCUUGACCCUGAAGGUCAUUCUGGGGUUCUUCCUUCCCUUCGUGGUCAUGGUUUGCUGCUACACCAUCAUCAUUCAUACCCUGAUACAAGCCAAGAAGUCGUCCAAGCACAAGGCCCUAAAAGUGACCAUCACUGUCCUGACCGUCUUUGUCUUGUCUCAGUUUCCCUACAACUGCAUUUUGUUAGUGCAGACCAUUGACGCCUAUGCCAUGUUCAUCUCCAACUGUGCCGUUUCCACUAACAUUGACAUCUGCUUCCAGGUCACCCAGACCAUUGCCUUCUUCCACAGUUGCCUGAACCCUGUUCUCUAUGUUUUUGUGGGUGAGAGAUUCCGCCGGGAUCUUGUGAAAACCCUGAAGAACUUGGGUUGCAUCAGCCAGGCCCAGUGGGUUUCAUUUACAAGGAGAGAGGGAAGCUUGAAGCUGUCAUCUAUGUUGCUGGAGACAACCUCAGGAGCACUCUCCCUCUGAGGGGUCUUCUCUGAGGUGCAUGGUUCUUUUGGAAGAAAUGAGAAAUACAGAAACAGUUUCCCCACUGAUGGGACCAGAGAGAGUGAAAGAGAAAAGAAAACUCAGAAAGGGAUGAAUCUGAACAAUAUGAUUACUUGUAGUCAGAAUUUGCCAAAGCAAAUAUUUCAAAAUCAACUGACUAGUCCAGGAGGCUGUUGAUUGGCUCUUGACUGUGAUGCCUGCAAUUCUCAAAGGAGGAAUAAGGACCAGCACUGUGGAGCACCCUGGCUUUGCCACUCGCCGGAGCAUCAAUGCCGCUGCCUCUGGAGGAGCCCUUGGAUUUUCUCCAUGCACUGGGAGCUUCUGUGGCUUCAGUUCUCAUGCUGCCUCUUCCAAAAGGGGACACAGAAGCACUGGCUACUGCUACAGACAACAAAAGCGGUGAAAAUGUCCAUCUUUGGGAAAUUUUCUACCCUGCUCUUGAGCCUGAUAACCCAUGCCAGGUCUUAUAGAUUCCUGAUCUAGAACCUUUCCAGGCAAUCUCACACCUAAUUUCCUUCUGUUCUCCUUAUUCUGUUCUGGGCCAGUGAAGGUUCUUGUUCUGAUUUUGAAACGAUCUGCAGGUCUGGCCAGUGAACCCCUGGACAACUGGCCUCAUCCACAAGGCAUCCAAAGUCUGUUGGCUUUCAAUCCAUUUCUGUGUCCUCCUGGAGGUUUUGACCUAGACAAGGAUUCCACUUAUUCCUUGGUAUGGUGACAGUGUCCUUCCAUGGCAUAAGCAGGGAGAUUAUAAUGGCUGGGUUCGCAAGAGCCAGCCUUGGCCCUGUUGUAGGCUUGUUCUGUUGAGUGGCACUUGCUUUGGGUCCACCGUCUGCUCCCUAGAAAAUGGGCUGGUUCUCUUGGCCCUCUUCUUUCUGAGGCCCACUUUAUUCUGAGGAAUAAAGUGAACAGACAUGGGCAGCAGCCAGGGAGGGCAAAGGGGUGAAGCACAGGCCUUGCUGGAAGGCUGUUUACUUCCAUGCUUCUCCUUUUCUUACUCUAUGGUGGCAACAUUUUAAAAGCUUUUAACUUAGAGAUUAGGCUGAAAAAAGUAAGUAAUGGAAUUCACCUUUGCAUCUUUUGUGUCUUUCUUUUCAUGAUUUGGCAAAAUGUAUCACCUUUGAAAAUAUUUCACAUAUUGGAAAAGUGCUUUUUAAUGUGUAUAUGAAUUACUUGUCACUUUCUUUACCCUGUCUCAAUAUUUUAAGUGUGUGCAAUUAAAGAUCAAAUAGAUACAUUAA